GCGAAAUACGUACCAAUACCUGUUUCAAUCUGCCCGUAUAAAAGCGAAAGCAAGUGCUUUAGACUGUAUUCCAAACAAGAGCAACGCACAACACAAACAUGUACUCCAAGAUUGUCAUCUUCCUGUGCGCGGCGGGCAUCGCCUCCGCCGGCAACCUCCUCGGCUCCCCAGUAGCGACAUACGCGGCCGCUCCCGCCGUCGCGACCUACGCCGCCCCUGCCUACCAGUCAUACGCCGCCGCUCCCCUCGUCAAGGCUGUAGCUCCAGCAGUGUCCUACCAGUCUAUCUCUACUCACUCCGCCCCUGUGGCUUACGCUGCCGCUCCUGUAGUUGCCAAGACCUACGCCGCUCCUGCCGUGACCUACGCUGCUGCUCCCGUGGUUGCCAAAACUUAUGCCGCCCCCGCCGUGACCUACGCGGCCGCUCCCGUGGUUAAGGCCGUGGCCCCAGCAGUGUCCUACCAAUCAAUCUCAAGUCACUCCGCCCCACUGGCUUACGCCGCGGCUCCCGCCGUGUCGUAUGCCGCGGCCGCUCCCGUUGUCGCUAAGACCUAUGCCGCUCCCGCCGUCGCAUACUCCUCCCCCGUGGUGACGAAAACUCUCGCCACUCCUGCCGUUGCCACUUACCAGGCUGCACCAGCCGUCGCCGCUUACCAUGCAGCCCCCGCUGUCGCCUACUCCUCCGCUCCAGUCCUCAAGACCGCGAUCCACUACUCCGCUGCUCCCGCGGUCUCCCACGUCUCUUACUCCAGCCUGGGUGCUAGCUACGGCUGGGUCGUCAUCUUCCUGUGCGCAGCGGGCAUCGCCUCCGCCGGCAACCUCCUCGGCUCCCCAGUAGCGACAUACGCGGCCGCUCCCGCCGUCGCGACCUACGCCGCCCCUGCCUACCAGUCAUACGCCGCCGCUCCCCUCGUCAAGGCUGUAGCUCCAGCAGUGUCCUACCAGUCCAUCUCUACUCACUCCGCCCCUGUGGCUUACGCUGCCGCUCCCGUCGUUGCCAAGACCUACGCUGCUCCCGCAGUCGCCACUUACCACGCAGCUCCCGCUGUCGCGACCUACGCCGCCCCUGCCUACCAGUCAUACGCCGCCGCUCCUCUCGUCAAGGCUGUAGCCCCAGCAGUAUCAUACCAGUCCAUCUCUACUCACUCUUCCCCUGUGGCUUAUGCCGCUGCCCCCGUUGUUGCCAAAACAUACGCGGCUCCCGCCGUCACCUACGCUGCCGCUUCUCCCGUAGUCAAGACUGUAGCUCCAGCAUUGAGUUACCAAUCAAUCUCUACUCACUCCGCCCCAUUGGCUUACGCCGCAGCACCAGCUGUGUCCUACGCCGCGGCCGCUCCCGUCCUAACUAAGACCUACGCCGCUCCCGCCGUCGCGUACUCCUCUCCCGUGGUGACCAAGACCCUAGGUCCUGCGGUCAGCUAUGCCGCAGCUCCCGCUGUCGCCUACUCCUCCGCUCCAGUCCUCAAGAGCGCGGUCCACUACUCCGCCGCUCCCGCGGUCUCCCACGUCUCCUACUCCACCCUUGGAGCUAGCUACGGCUGGUAAUCCACUACACGACUAACUCACUGUACCUGUUUGUUAUUUAUUUAUAUUAGCAGUACAUGUAAAUAUUAUAGGUUACGAUACGAAAUAAACGAAAAUUUGUAUGAUGAAAA